AACGGCCCAAUGUUGCAUUUGCUGGUCCUCAUUUAAAACAGAGAAAACGGUGCCGUGUAGAAUUUUUAAGCACACUAAGCUUAGCUGGAGGAACGACUAAAAGUAGAAAGAUAGUCUCUGGUGCGACUCUCACUUCUUCUUCUUCUUCGAGCUCGAACCAAUCUCUGCUUCAUUCCGAUUCGAUUCGACGAGCGAAUACUGGAGAAAUUAUACAGAUAUCAAAUUUUUAUGGAAUCUUGAGCAUUGAUAUGGAUGCGAAUACUUUCGUUUUGCUUCUGUGUAUAGCUUUGCUUUUGGGGACUAGUAGUACUAAGGUUGAGCGAGAGGCACAAAUUGUAUCCAAUUUGACAGAUACAAGUGUGUCUCAGAUUGUUGUUACUGAUUCUUCUAAGAGUAGAGAUCAUUCUACUAACAUCACCACCACCACCAAUCAAUUGGGUGCUACUAGUGAUGGAUCUGAGACCAAGCAGCCUAUUGUUGAUGAUAGUACGAGUCAAAAGAGUAUAGGAGGAGGAGGAAGCGAUGAAAGUGAAAGCAGCGCUGCUACUACGAGCAACUCCUCCUCCUCUUCAAGGAAGAAGAAACAAGGUGAAGACUGUGAUCCAUCUUAUAUGUGUUCUGAUGACCAACACCUCUUUCUCGCUUGUCUCCGUGUCCCUGGUGAUGAUGAUGAUGCGCCUCAUCUCUCACUCCUGAUUAAGAACAAAGCCAAAGCUGCUUUGCUUCUUACUAUAACUGCUCCCAGUUUUGUCCGCUUAGAGACCAAUAAAGUUCAGCUCCCUGAAAGCCAAGACACAAAGGUGAAAGUCUCUAUUAAGAAGGGAGGCUCCAACGAUAGCUCAAUCGUACUCACUUCCAGUAACGGUGGUCAUUGCAGCCUUGACUUAAAAGAUUUGGCCGGUGCAUCAUCACAUGAUACAGGAAAGGACAGUACAGUGGCUGUUUCUCGCCCUUCGAUCCUCAACAUCAGCUCCCGAACACUCAUCGUGAUCGCCAUGAUAUCCUUCCUCGUUCUCUCCCUUGUCAUCAUCCCGGUGAUCUACCACGUUUACAGGAGCAAGUCGCAGGGCAAAAGCAAGUACCAGAGGCUCGACAACAUGGAACUGCCAGUCUCUAGCACCGCCGCGGCCGCCCCGUUGGUGUCGAAAUCGGAUCAAGAAAGUGGUGAUGACGGAUGGAACAAUAACUGGGGAGAUGAUUGGGGCGAUGGAGAUGAAGAACAGCCGAACACUCCGGUGUUACCACUCACACCGAGUGUUUCUUCUAGAGGACUUGCUCCUAGACGACUCAGUAAAGAAGGUUGGAAAGAUUAGCUUUCCUCUGCUUUUCUCUCUCUUUUGUUUCCUUUGGAGUCUAUACAUUAGUACAAGAUGUCCGGAGAAUUUGACUCCAAUUGGUAAGAAAAUUUGUGGAAUGUUUUUUUUUUCUUCAUGUAUAAGUGCAAAACCAAAACACGCUCUCUUUAUACUUUUGGGCCUUUAUCGUAGAGUAUGAUGAGCUUCGUGUUUAUAGGCUUAAUAAGCCUUUUACA